CUACAUAUACGGACGGCGGACGCCGAGACACCUGUGCACACCACGCGAGCCGCGGCAAAUACACAGAGAAGAGAGGGGACAGCAGUCAAAGAGCGAGCGAGCGAGGCGGAAGAAAUCCCUCGAGAUGGACGCAAGACCGCGACGGGCGUCGUCCUCCCCGGCGGCGGCGACGGCGGCGGCGGCCUUGUCCCUGCUGCUCCUGUUCCCCAUGUUCCUAGGGGGCCAGGCGUCGGGGUACGGCGACGAUUCGGGCGCCGGCGGCAUGACGGCGCUGCAGAAGCACGCGGCCUUCUUCGACCGCGACAAGGACGGCGUCGUCACCUUCUCCGAGACGUACGCAGCGUUUCGGGCCCUCGGAUUUGGAUUUGCUUCGUCCACCUUGAGUGCCACCUUCAUCAAUGGCGUCCUUGGCCCCCAGACCAGACCGGAAAAUGACACGGCGCGCAUGUCCAUCUACAUCGAGAACAUCCACAAGGGCAUCCACGGGAGCGACUCAGGCGCGUAUGACUCCCAAGGAAGGUUCGUUCCGGACAAGUUCGAUGCGGCCUUCGCCAAGCACGGCAAGACGGUGCCGGACGCCCUGACGUCCGCGGAGGUGGACGAGCUGAUCGCCGCGAACCGGCAGCCCAGCGACUACGCGGGAUGGGCGGGCGCAUCGGCGGAGUGGAAGCUGCUGUACAGCAUCGGCAAGGACGAGGACGGGCUCCUCCGCAAGGACGCCGCCAGGGGCGUCUACGACGGCAGCCUCUUCGCCAGGGUGGUGCAGGAGCGGAGGGCAUCCUCGCUAGAAGAAACCCAGGCAUGAUCGUGGCACGCCGUCACGGUCUGUGUGUGUGGCUACCGUACAAGCGACGGAGGCCAGUCUGAACACUACUUGAGUCCGUCCGAACUGAUGCGUCGCUGGCUAGGUACAGGGCAUUACUGGUACUCCCUUCGUCACGGUUUAGAAGGCGUGCUUGGAAAUUAUCCGAGACCUAUGUGGUUAUCUAUUGGUUGUGAGUGGUUGUGAGAUGGGUUAAAAAUAGCAUUCACACUAUCCAUACAUAUAGAAAUAGUACAUCGAAGUACUAAUUAGCUACUAGAAAUAAAUGCAAUACGCGCUAAA